CUCUGUCGCUCUCUGUAUGGACAGUUCUUCUGUGUGAAUAUUAUUAUUAUUACUACUACUACUAGUGAUAACAAUAAUAAGUCAAAUAAUCUAUCUGAUGCGCUCUUGAACGUGCCUCUGUAUUACGUAGAACGCUCCCGAGUUGCACCGGUGUAUUGUGGGAUUGUAGCAGAAUCGGGCAAGUGAAGUCCAGUAAGGUCAGCCUUCCUUCAGCCCAAAAUGUCGGUCGUGUGUUUCUCCUUGAAUCGUUGCGGUGCUAUGGCACUUCGCUCUUCUGCUGGAAUCGUGGCGGUGCGCCACGCCCAGACAGCUGCAGCCCCCGCACCUCAACCCAGGGUCAAGAAGUUCCAGGUGUACCGUUGGGAUCCUGAUACGCCCGGAGACAAGCCCCGCAUGCAGACCUACGAGAUUGACCUCAACACCUGUGGCCCCAUGGUGCUGGACGCCCUGAUUAAGAUCAAGAAUGAGAUGGACCCCACGUUGACCUUCAGGCGGUCCUGCAGAGAGGGCAUCUGCGGCUCGUGUGCCAUGAACAUCAACGGAGGCAACACGCUGGCCUGCCUAAACAAGAUCGACACUAACAUCAGCAAACCCUCCAAGAUCUACCCCCUGCCUCAUAUGUAUGUGGUUAAAGACCUGGUUCCUGACAUGAGUAACUUCUAUGCCCAGUACAAGUCCAUCGAGCCCUACCUGAAGAAGAAGGACGAGAGUCAGGAAGGCAAGGAGCAGUACUUCCAGACAGUAGAGGAUCGCCAGAAGCUGGACGGCCUCUAUGAGUGUAUCCUGUGCGCGUGCUGCAGCACCAGCUGCCCCAGCUACUGGUGGAAUGGAGAUAAAUACCUGGGACCCGCUGUUCUUAUGCAGGCGUACCGCUGGAUGAUCGACUCUCGGGAUGAGUUCACAGAGGAGCGUCUGGCCAAACUGCAGGACCCCUUCUCUCUGUACCGCUGUCACACCAUCAUGAACUGCACCAAGACAUGCCCCAAGGGACUGAACCCAGGGAAAGCCAUCGCAGAGAUUAAGAAGAUGAUGGCCACGUACAAGGAGAAGAAAGCAGCCACUGCAUGAAGACCAGCCCUGCCUCACCCGUAACCCCCCCCCCCCCCACAGCCAUCACGAAACUCAGAGAGACCCCUACAGUCAGCUCACUACACAGCCCUCUCGGAGAUGCACUCCAAAACAAGUGACCCCAGAUCUAAGAGUAAUCAAAGCUUUUUACGCACAAGGAUGACUCUUUGUGUGUGUGUGUGUGUGUGUGUGCGUGACUGUGUGUGUGUGUGUGAGAGAGACAGACAGAGAACACAUGAAAGAUGUGUGUUAAUGCCUAAUAAAAAGAUGGACAGGCUCACGUAGUGUUCUGCAUUCCGUUGUUUGUAUAGCCUAUUGUAGAUCUGUGGGAGUGUGUGUGUUCAGGAGUCUGUUCAGAGCGUGACAUGGUAAACUACAUACAGAUUAUAUCGGAUUUCAUGUUCUUCCACCCAAACGAAUGACUUGCUUUAAGUGUGAUUAAUAAUAACCAUUAGAAUCUCUGGAGAUAUUUCAGCUGCUUAAGCAGAGAUUGUAGGCCAGAUGUUGUUGUAAUUAUAUUUUUGUUAAAUGACCAGAAGUAAUUUAUGACCAUAAAUACACGGGGUGUUGAUCGGUGGCCAAUAGUUUUGAGUAAUCUUCAUAUCCAAUACUGCAUAUUUUCAGUAAAUAAAGUUCAUAUUUAUCAAAGGA